AUGAGGAUCGCAUCAUCUUCAUCUUCUGGAGGUACGGGCCAUAGUCUGGCGCGCGCCGUGGUAAUUGUAUCAGGCGUGUCGGCGCUGGUGGCCUCGCUGUUGUCUCUCUUCAAAAACUACCGCAAGCCAUUACUGCAACGCUAUGUCGUUCGCAUACUUCUCAUGGUUCCCAUAUACGCGGCCGCCUCUUGGACAAGUAUUGUAUCAUUGAAAGCAUCUCUUUGGCUGGAUCCCAUACGUGAUAUUUACGAGUUACUCAUCAACUUCCUCGGAGGCGAGCGAGCUUUGAUCAUCAUGACCCACGGUCGUCCUCCUGUACAACAUGCCUGGCCCCUGAAUCAUUGUCUACCCAAGGUCGACAUCUCCGAUCCCCAAACCUUUCUCGCGGUAAAGCGAGGAAUUCUCCAAUACACGUGGCUCAAACCCGUACUCGCCGCCGCUUCCAUUAUAAUGAAAGCCACUGAUACCUAUCAGGAAGGAUAUCUGGGGCUGAACUCUGGAUACCUCUGGACGGGGAUCAUUUAUAAUAUCAGCGUGACCGUCAGUCUCUACUCACUGGCGAUGUUUUGGGUUUGUCUCCAUAACGACUUGGCGCCGUUUCGCCCGGUGCCCAAGUUUCUCUGUGUCAAACUCAUUAUCUUUGCCUCCUAUUGGCAAGGUUUCUUUCUCUCUAUCCUCCAGUGGCUGGGAGCUUUGUCCAACGGGGUUGCUGGUUACACCCCCGACAAUCUCGCGGCCGCUAUACAAGACAGCUUGAUCUGUUUCGAGAUGCCUAUCUUUGCCAUCACCCAUUGGUAUGCCUUCUCGUGGCAUGACUAUGCCGAUCCGACCAUCUCAGCCGCUCGGCUCCCGGUGAAAUAUGCUCUCCGCGACGCUUUUGGAAUCAGGGACCUCAUUGAAGACACGAAGAUGACGUUGCGCGGUGAAAACUAUGAAUAUCGGCUCUUUGACUCGAAUGACCAUAUUAUUGCGCAUGAAGAGUCGGAAUCUCGGGUGCGACGGGUCAUGCAUGGCAUGCGGUAUGAACGUGGUGGAAAGGCGAAAUAUUGGAUACCCAAACCGGGCGAGAUCAACAGCCGUACACCAUUACUAGCAGGCAGUGAAUCGCGCUCCCGUGACCGACGGAGUAGCACGUUGGACCGGUUCCGCUCUCCUACGGACAUGAGCGACACCACCCUGGAUGCAGAAGACGAGUGGUUGUUUACCCAAGCACGAGCGUUGGAAUUUGGCGACUGGAAUUACCCAGUGAUCACGGCCAACGAGGUGGCGCGAGAUCAGCGGUUUGGAGCCCCGUCGAGCUAUCAAAAUCCCACUGAACAACCGGAAAUUGUGAAGAAAUCUCGUAAACAUAGGAAAUCUCGCGGGUCGCGCAGUGAGAAUGCGCGUGGGAACGGCCGUGCCCCAUCUAGCACUUCCCGGGAUCGACCAGGGGAAACUGCCAGCCCUGGUCCACGAGAGGCCAGCUCAUCGCUCUCACGGACAUCUGACCGCAGUCAGUUAGUCGACGUUGUGGUGGAGGAUCAUCAGGCGGAAGAGGAGGAACGAGCUCAGGCAGAAAGGGCCUUCGGGUCGGCCGCCACACAACCCGAGCCGCGAGUGUUCAACGAGCCACCCCAUGAAACACGUCCUCUGGAGCAGGAAACGCAGGCGACUAGUGAAACAGACAAGACCGACGCAGUUAGCGAGCAUACUACCCCGACACGAACGUGGUCGUACGGGGACAUAGAAGAAGAGAAUGUCUGGGGCCGAUAG